GUGACUCCUCGCUCUCAGAGCGAGAGAUCUCCUGGACUCCUUCUUCCUUCGCCCUUUAGUCCUCGUCUAACAGGCGAAGGGAGCGGUGGGUUGAACAGCUCAUGCGCACCAGAUUGUCCCUCUGGUCACCUUGCACUCCCGGAUACCCUCCCAUACCCCCCACCACCACAGCCCUUAACAUUAUCUCUCAUUUACGCUGCCGUGUUUCUUUUAACGAAUGUUAAAAAUCUCAGACCAUGUGAAAAAUUUUAUAUUGAUAUACAUUCCAUGUAUUUCGAGAUCAUGGCAAUUGGCUGAAACAAGACAAGACGUGUUUCUACUCUUUUCGUUUUCUCAAAGUAAAUUUGCUUGUGAUUGUGAUGAUAUCAAUUGUGUGUUCAAGGACAACAUGAGGAAUAAAUGAUGUCAAUGUGUGUGAAGCGGCAUUUUCGGGUGGCUCGCUGAAAGAUAAGGAAGAGGGCACCGAGAGAAGAGGACCACUUUACGUGAAACUGGCGUAGGCCUAUGCGUCUUCAGCGCCAUUACCAACAUUGGCCUCCACAAGGUGUCAUAAAGGGCGACAUUUCUUCAGUGCUCAUUGCUCAAUCUCGUGACGCGUCAGGACCUUUUCUCUCAUUCUCUGGCAUUCAUUAGUUGUUCAUUGCAGUUGAGAAACUUUUCCAAACAAGAGCACAGCAGGUGUGAACGGCGCUCCAGGUCUUCUUCAUCCAAAUCGCCCACUUCGAUCGCCAAAGCGCAGUUAUCGGGGACGUGGACUUGUCAUCAUCAGACGGCACCUGAAAGCGAUGGUCAGACUCUGCCUGAGGGCCUACUGCUGAGCGAACACGAGUUAGAACAUUCAUCCCUGUCUACCCACAGUGAAUUUCUACGGAACACCUCCGAUGACUGCUUGAAGAGUUGGUAGAAUAUGCAUGGUGGGUGACCGGCGGGUGGGUUCUUAAAGCGACGGAGGCCGAAGGGAAGAGGAGCCAGUCGAAGGGCAGGCCAUCUCAAAGGGCGACUCAAUCCCUCUUGCAGCAGGAUGGGGAGCAGCAGCGAACACCUUCACCAACACAAUCCCCUGCAGCAGCAGCAGCAGCAGCAGCAGCAGCAGCAGCAGCAGGAAAAGGAGAAGGAGUCUCAGCUACAGCAGCAGCAGCAUCAGCAUCAGGAGCAUCAACAGAAUCAACAGCAUCUGCAGCAUUCACAAACGCUGCACCACCACAACGGAAAUCACGGCAGCAGCCAUCUUAGUAACGACGAGAAGCGCCAGACUUACAACCUCUGCUGGAAUGAAUUUCCCUCGAAUCUCUUGUCCUUCUUCAAGGAACUACGAGAACAAGAGGACUUUGUUGACGUGACCUUAGCUUGCGAGGGUCAGCAACUGUCAGCUCAUAAAGUUGUCCUCUCCGCUAGCAGCCCAUACUUCAGGACUUUGCUCAAGAACAACCCAUGCGACCACCCGAUCAUCAUCCUGAAUGAGGUCCGGUACUGCGAACUGCUGACGUUGCUGCAGUACAUGUAUCAUGGCGAGGUCCAGAUUUCCCACGACCAGAUCACAGACUUCCUGCGAACUGCCAAACUCCUGCAGAUCCGAGGACUCGCCGAAGCUGCAGCUUCAGAGUCCAGGUCCCGAAGUCCUCCGGAGGCGCAGAGGGACGCCGCCGCAAGCCCUCCGCCUCCUCCACCACCACCUCUAGCUGAGGUGGCCACUCCGACGCCCACGCCCAAGGCAGAGUCCUCCAAUGAACCUGAUGAGGAACUCCGACCUCCUGACAGUCCACAAGUAAAGCGCAUUAAGUUAAGUGGUGGUUUAGGGGCGCCGCCCACGUCCUCUCCAUCUCCACAUCUGUCGGGGGGUCCGAGCCCCCCGUCCCCAACGCCGCCCAUUCCUAGUUUGCCCCACAGUAUGGCCAAUAUGGUCAACAUGUCAAGUUUGCCAGCCCUCCCCCCCGUGGGCAUCCCGGGGCUCUCUCACCCCCUCUCCCUUCCUUCCUCCAUAACCGCCCUCCCGCCUGUCUCCACCGCCCAUCCCUCUCCUAUGCAUCACGCUGCCGCCGCCCGUGCUGCCGCCCUGCACACGCCCACGCCUGUCAGUGCACCUUCCUUCCAUAGCAUGUAUCCUGGAAUUGGCUCCGAAGACACUCAAGACACCAUGGGAAGCGACAGGUCCGAAGACCGCGACAAAUCGCGACCCGAUGAUGACGACCACGACCACGAGUCCAACGCCCUCGAAAAGAUCUCCGGCCUGGCCAACAUGGCUGCUCUCAAAGGGUUUGGAGGCUUCCCCGGACCUUCAGGUCUGGUGGGGUUGGCAUCGGCAGCUCUUGGCUCCAACUCGGACAGUAAUCCUGGGUGUAUGGGGUCACGUGACCUCGACCUAUCAAUGCUGCUGUCCCAGUUCGCAGGGGGGGCUGGGGCUGCUGCUGCUGCUGCUGCUGCUGCUGACCCCCCUGCAGCAGCACCUGGCCCCCAUCAUCAUCAUCAUCAUCACCACCACCACCAGGGGGUCGUUGCUCACGUUUCCCCUGGGGGGAUUCCCAACGCCGCUCCCAACGCCCUCCACUUGCUACAGCAGCAUUCUCACGCCCAGCACCAGCAGGGUCUGCAAGGGGUUCAGGGGGCACAGCAACUUCAGCAGCAACAGCAGCAGCAGCAGCAGCACCAACAGCAUCAUCAUCAGCAGCAGCAGCAACAGCUGGACCAACAACAACAGCAACAUCAAAUGCGUCCGUGGUGUGAGGCUUGUGGGCGGAGCUACAGUACAGUAGGCAACCUGAAGCAGCACCUGGCCAACGUGCACGGGCGGGGGGAGUGGGUGGUGUGUGGGGUGUGCGGCAAAACCUUCAAGACGCGCCAGUACCUGCAGUCUCACCUCCUGCAGCAGCAUGGCAUCAGGCAGAGACCUACCCCGUUGUUACCUCCGUGCCAAAAUACCCCUACCAACUCCACAGCCACUCCCACAACCACCAGUGGCAUCACGCUCGACCCCGCCCAACACCACAUCGCCCACGAAUCACCGUCCAGUUCUGCCCAAACCCCACCUUUUAGCCCCGCCCACAGAUCAUUCCCCAACCCCUCUUCAUUUUCGACCAGUCACCACCUCUCCUCCUCCUCCUCAACCUCCUCCACGUCUUCCUCGUCCUCUGCCUCUGCCUCCGCCUUAGCCUCGUCAUCCUCAGCUCCUAACAGUUUCCCCGUCCCCGGGCAGUCAUCCAUGGAUCUGCCCUCCACCCACUUCAACGGGCAUUUCCCUCAAUUUGGUCAACCCUCAUCUUCAUUUCCCAUAGCCCCACCUCCAAGUGUGCAUGCCCCGCCCUCUCAGUGUCCCGCCCCUCCCCAGCCUGACAGCAGCGGUCAGGCGGCCAGCCCCCCUCCCCAACCAGUAAAGCAAGAGAGAUUCUCAUUCCAUUCCAUUCAGAUCAAACAGGAGAUUCCGAGUGACAGUUAUUACACUAUUUAACCUCUCAAGGCCAUAGAUGUGUUGAGGGGACACAGUCGCCUAUCUUUUAAGUUGCUUUUGUGUUGUCUGGUACUAAGCGCGGGGUGUCUGUCGGUGAUGCUCAGCGAAUGAUACCAUAAUGCUUUGUGUGGGAGAGGAAGUAGAAUACUACUAUUUAGCUCUCCGCUCAGGAAAUGAGAAGGACGUAGUAUUUAUUCAUUCAUUUAUACCGUACAGCUAAAUAUGUGAACCGCAAAUGUGUAAAUAUCUUUAGGUACCUAUUUUGUUACGUUUUGUGUGUGAAGUUGCGCAGGAGGUGUUAGUGAAGUUUUGUUUGUAGCGAUCAUUUUUACUCUUAGAUCCUGUAAGAGAAAGGUCAGUUAGAAAUAGAAAAUAAAUAAACGAUUGUGUGAUCUAUUGCAAUGGCUGUGUAGAGAUUUACUAUUAACAAGAUGGUAAGUGCAGACAUUUACAUAUAAUACUAACAAAGUUUAUAGGUGCAGCUGUAAUGAAUUUAGCGCUUCCGAUGUUCAAGAUGUGAUCUAUGUACGACUAUGAUAAUAUGUAGUGAAGCAGAAGCUGAUUUCCUGUCAUGAUGCUGACUGAAUGAUUGAUAUGACUGUCUAACAUUUGUCGACAUUUUUCACCUGUAAACGCAUAGCUAUCUACUUGUUGUUCAGUAGUGCGCUCAAAUCAACUAUUGUUCGUUUUUCUUUUUUCUUUUUUCUUUUUUCUUUUUUUUUUUCUUCUCGUUCGGCUCGGUCGUCAGAUCGUGUUCUUUCAUGAAGAGAGUCUGCGACUUGUGCGCCCAAGAUUUAGUUGGUAGCGUGUAGCUGUGUUUUGCUAGAAGUGUUAACUGCAGUCUAACAUUCAGUGUCGAGUGGAAGGAAGAACUCGCAAUACAAGAAACUCUCUCAGAAAAGUGUUAAGCUUUAGAACAAAGUAACUGGAAAGCAGACGUCGUGAUAUCAUAGGUCAUGUCAAGGUCUGGAGUCAUUUAUAGACAGACCCUGGGUAAUGUAAUGCCACAUUUGCUAUGACUCACAGGCUGUCACUUGAAAUCAUUAUUUGAUAGUCAGUCGUGAGAGUUGAUAAUGAAAAUUGUAAUAUUUUCCUCAAACUACUGUAUGUUUUUUUUCUUUGUUAUCAUAUGAGUUAUCCAGAGAUGUACUCUUAUCUCAGUUAAUAAGAAAAUCGGUUAUGUAGACUUUUAUACACAGCAGAUUUAGCAAUAUUUUAGUCGUUUACUAAAGAAGUUUUCUCAACGACAAAUAACAGAAGACGUGCUCAGGCCACCCACGAUUUUUCUUCUUCAUCUGGAAGCUUGAAAAUGUCGAAAUUACUCUCUCUCUCUCUCUCUCUCUCUCUCUCUCUCUCUCUCUCUCUCUCUCUCUCUCUCUCUCUCUCUCUCUCUCUCUCUCUCUCUCUCUCUGCAUAGGCUUGUAGAACAGCAGAUGCUACGUUAGAUUUCCACGAGUCUUAUUUACGUUAUUCAUUCAUUCAAUUUCUUUCCGGAUUAUGUUUUCCGAGGAUGCAGAAGCAAUAGUACUACUGUAGUAAUUGUCUAAAUCUAACAUCGUAAUCGUGAAUUACUUGCAGCAUCAAGGAAAAAAAUCAGCCCUUGCAUAUCUCAGUUAAAAAUAUUUAGCCUAUCUACCUGAUCAUUUAAUAACCUGUUCACUAAAAAGGAAAAAUGUUAAAAACCUUGUGAAAUCAUUAAAGGAAUCCAUUCCCAUUGUGACAACUGGGCAUGUCAGUUUUGCAUUUAGAAUAGCAAUGGCCUAUAGGUCACGAUGUUUUUUAUGAUAUGAAACCUCUUGGAAGAAUUG